AUGGACAUGGUAUUCACAAGCCCCGAUGAUUGUUAUUCAAUGUAUGUCAAGUAUGCCAAGGAGUGUGGCUUUUCAGUUAGGAAAGGGACUACAAAGACAAACUCUAAAGGUGUGUUACAUAUUAAGUAUUACUUGUGUACGAGAUCUGGGUUAUAUAAGGACAAGAAGGCUCGAUCAUGGAAGGUGUAUAAGUUUGUCAAGGAGCACAACCAUGAUCUUGUUAAACGUCCUGAUAAACAUUUUCUUCCAACUGAACGACACCUCACUCAGCUCCAGAAGCAUGUUAUACACAACAUGUCUAAGUUGAAUUUGGGUCCUCUCAAGGCGUUUAAUGUUAUGAAGACUUGUUUUGGCGGUUUUGAAGACGUGGGUGCAAGUAAAGUUGAAUUUAAGAACUACAAGAGGAAAAUUAACUUAUACGCUAUGGUGUUUGUACCGUUCACUGGUAUAGACAAUCAUCACUGCAAUGUUACAUUUGGUGCUGCAUUAUUGGCGUCGGAAACUGCUGAUACGUAUAUUUGGUUGUUGAGAGUUUUUCUAAAAGCUGUUGGUUCUCAAACAAAAGUUGUUGUCACUAACCAAGAUCCAGCAAUGAAGAAGGCUAUUUCUGUUGUUGGUGUUAGGCUAUGCAAUUCCACCAAUUUCAAAGAACGUAUUUGUGGUGUUGUGUGGACGGAUAUUCUCACACCUGAAGAGUUUGAAUCAGAAUGGGAAGCGGCUAUCGGAGAGUUCAAUUUAGCAGAUAAUGACUGGCUAUCUGAUAUUUUUGCACUUAGGGAAUCUUGGAUCUCUCCAUACUAUAGAAUGGAAGAGAUGUCGGGUCUUAUGCGAACGACAUCGAGGUCGGAGAGUGAGAAUCAUUUUUGGUCAAGUGUGCAAUUCGAAAGCUACUCUUGUUGA